UCAGUCGGUGGUUCGCGGAGGUUGUUAUUGUCGGUGUUACAUCGAAAUUACACAAAAGGUUGUAGCAACCGAGCAACCAUCGCCCAAAAGAGCCCUAUUUUUUACCACGCCACUUGCAGUAGCCGAUUCCAAACGAUCGGCACUCUGAACUGGUUACUUUCACCUUUCUAAGCGGUCGAUAGAGUAAAACCCAACCAUAGGAAAAAUGGCUGGUGCCAAUCCAUUCCAGAACUUGCUGAAGGAGAUCAACGUCAAUGGAGAAACAUUCCAUUACUUCGACAUUGCCUCGUUCCCGGAGUAUCGGGAGCUGCCGUACAGUGUGCGCGUACUGCUCGAGUCAGCCGUCCGAAACUGCGACAACUUCCAGGUCCUGGAGAAGGACGUGCGUGGCAUCCUAAGCUGGAAGCAGGCGAAAGGUACCCCCGGCUCCGAGACGGAGCUGGAGAUUCCAUUCAAGCCUGCCCGGGUGAUCCUGCAGGAUUUUACCGGCGUGCCGGCCGUGGUCGACUUUGCCGCUAUGCGUGACGCCGUGCUGAAGCUGGGCGGUGAUCCAGAUCGCAUCAAUCCGAUCUGUCCGUCCGACUUGGUCAUCGAUCAUUCGGUACAGGUGGAUUUUGCGCGUAGUGAGGACGCCCUGGCCAAGAAUCAGGACCUCGAGUUCGAACGCAAUAAGGAGCGAUUUACCUUCCUGAAGUGGGGCGCAAAGGCGUUCAAUAACAUGCUGAUCAUUCCACCCGGCUCGGGCAUAGUGCAUCAGGUGAACCUGGAGUAUCUGGCCCGGGUGGUGUUCCAGGAUGCGAGUCGCUCGAAGGACGGCUCGGUGAAAAUGCUCUACCCAGACAGUGUGGUCGGUACGGACUCGCACACGACCAUGAUCAACGGCCUGGGCGUCGUCGGCUGGGGGGUGGGUGGUAUCGAGGCGGAAGCGGUCAUGCUCGGCCAAGCCAUCUCCAUGCUGCUACCGGAGGUUAUCGGGUAUCGGCUUGUGGGCAAGCUUAGUUCCCUGGUGACAUCGACCGAUCUCGUGCUCACGAUCACCAAGCAUCUCCGACAGAUCGGAGUGGUGGGUAAGUUUGUCGAGUUUUUCGGUCCCGGUGUGAGCGAACUAUCGAUCGCCGAUCGGGCCACCAUUAGCAACAUGUGCCCGGAGUACGGUGCGACCGUCGGGUACUUCCCGGUCGAUCAAAAUGCUCUCGACUACCUGCGCCAGACAAACCGGGCGGAGGAUAAGGUGUGCGUGAUCGAGGCAUACCUAAAGGCGACGGAACAAUUGCGGAACUUUAGCGAUGCCGAGCAGGAUCCGGUGUUCACGCAGAUCGUCGAGCUCGAUCUAGCAACCGUCGUAACGUCCGUGUCGGGUCCGAAGCGUCCUCACGAUCGGGUGUCCGUGAGCGAAAUGCAGCAAGACUUCCGCCAGUGCCUGACCAACAAGGUCGGCUUCAAGGGAUUCGCCGUUCCAGAAAACGAGCUUGUGGCAGAGGGUAGCUUCAGUUGGACGGACGGAAAAACGUACUCUAUGCGGCACGGAUCGGUCGUAAUUGCGGCCAUCACUUCGUGCACCAACACGAGCAACCCUUCGGUGAUGCUGGGAGCCGGUCUGCUGGCAAAGAAAGCCGUCGAAGCGGGCCUCAAGGUUGCACCGUACAUCAAAACGUCGCUCUCUCCUGGAAGCGGUGUGGUCACGUACUACCUGAAAGAGUCGGGUGUUAUUCCGGCUCUCGAAGAACUCGGAUUCAAUGUGGUUGGGUACGGUUGUAUGACGUGUAUCGGAAAUUCGGGCCCACUCGACGACAACGUGGCGAACACGAUCGAAAAGAACAACCUCGUGUGCUGCGGUGUGCUCUCCGGUAACCGCAACUUCGAGGGUCGUAUCCACCCGAACACGCGAGCAAACUACUUGGCCAGCCCGCUGCUGGUAAUUGCGUACGCCCUCGCCGGAACGGUUGAUAUCGACUUCGAGAAGCAACCGAUCGGCACGAAGCCGGACGGAACGGCCGUGUUCUUGCGGGACAUCUGGCCCACUCGCCAGGAGAUUCAAACCGUCGAGAAGAAGCACGUCAUUCCGGCAAUGUUCCGUGACGUGUACGAGAAGGUAGAGCUGGGCUCGCCGGCCUGGCAGGGAUUGGCCGCACCGACGGGAAAGCUGUACCCGUGGGACACCACCUCGACCUACAUCAAGCACCCUCCUUUCUUUGAGGGAAUGACUCGCGACCUACCGACCCUCAGCAAUAUCGUGAACGCUCGGGCCCUGCUUAACCUGGGUGAUUCCGUCACCACGGACCAUAUCUCGCCGGCAGGUUCGAUUGCACGUAACAGCCCCGCCGCCCGCUACCUCUCCGACCGGGGACUUACCCCGAGAGAGUUCAACUCUUACGGAUCGCGUCGCGGUAACGACGCCAUCAUGGCACGCGGAACAUUCGCCAACAUUCGGCUAGUGAACAAGCUGGUGGCGCGAGCCGGCCCCCGUACAUUGCACAUCCCGAGCGGCGAAGAGAUGGACGUGUUCGACUGCGCUGAGCGGUACGCGACCGAGGGCACGCCCCUGAUUGCCCUCGUCGGCAAGGACUACGGUAGCGGAUCGAGCCGCGACUGGGCCGCCAAGGGUCCGUACCUGCUCGGCAUCAAGGCGGUCAUUGCCGAGUCGUAUGAGCGCAUCCACCGCUCGAACCUGGUCGGCAUGGGUAUCGUGCCGCUGCAGUACCUAGACGGCCAAAACGCCGACAGUCUCGGUCUGACCGGACGCGAACAGUUCAACAUCGCAAUUCCGGCCAACUGCAAGCCACACGAGCGGAUCACGGUCAGCACGGACGGUGGCAAGGAGUUCCAGGUGAUCGUGCGCUUCGACACGGAGGUCGAUCUGGAGUACUUCCGUAAUGGGGGUAUCCUCAACUACAUGAUCCGCAAGAUGAUUGAUUAGGUGUGUGGAACAACUUUCUGUUUUAGUAUUUAAGCCUACGAACAAGUUUAAAGGGAGCUUUUUUGGAAAACAUUUAUUUUUUCACUUUUGCAAGAAAAUUGUUGAGAGAUAUUAUACUGUUUACUCAUAAAGAGGCAAUAAAUAGAGCUGCUAUUGGCUGGUA